UCUCUCUCUCUCUCUCUCUCUUUCUUUCUUUGGAUUCGUUCUAAUAUCUCCUUGUCUUCCUUUUCGUGGACCUUCUUCAGCGCGUAUCGGUGCUCGUGAUACUUCCGCUCGGGCUCCUCUACAGCUGGUGCUGGAGUUAUGGCUGAUCUUGGAGCCUGUACGAUAUGUUCAUGACCUUUCACAAGAGAACCUACUCAUACGUGUCUUGGAUCAUCGCGAGUUCUCUUGGCAUUCCUGUCGCGGCGACGCUCCCGCCGCAGCUUCAAAGCGCAGUCCCUGUGUGCGCUCAGUUCUGUCUCACGGUUUUCAUAGAGGAAGAGUUCUCCGGCAUUUGCAACGAGCCCACUACGUUAGAUUGCCUGUGUACGCACGUUGGGUAUAAGGGAUAUGCAUUGGCAGAUCGGAUCACUCUCUGCAUCGAAUCGGCCAACUGUACAGGAUUUCCACAAACUAAUAUUGCCCCGGUAGCAGCUGUGUGUACUCUGGUUCCGGGAGGCAUCACGACCACGCAUACGAGCACCGCAACACUAACAUCAAUAAUUGCUUUGUCCACGACCGCUAGUGCAGCAAAUAGCACUAGUGCCCGCGCGACUUUCACAUCUACUUUUUCUCAGCCACCGUCUUCUGCGACGGGAAUGGCACAGGUCUCUGCCAGCGCCGGGCCUGACGGGGUGUCCAUGUCCGGUAAGGUAAGCCUCACGAUGGCACAGAUUGCGGGUAUCACCAUCGCCGCUGUGGCGUUGCUCAUUCUCACGGUCGGCGUCUUCUCGUGCAUCUUCUUCGUGAGAAAACGCAACAGAAGACUGGAGAUGGAGGACCACAAGAUCCUGACGCAGAGCACGCCAAAAUCACCGGACAUGCAGGACAUGUACUUUCCGCCGCCUCCGUUGAGCCCCAACCGUAGGAGCAGGGGCAGUGGGAGAUUCAGCAUGAUGCUGCGCUCAAAGUCUGGAAACUCCAGCGAAGAGGAACAAAGAGUGCAGCCGCCGGCCACAACGCUGCAGCAAAGGACGUGGCCGCGUUACUAUCCCAUCAUGCCGGACGAGGGGAUUGGCAUAGCCACCACGACAAGUUAUCCACAGCCGGUCGCGCCCGUCCAGCAAGCCCCGUACAUUCCUGCGCCGACUCCUUCACCAAUGCCAGCACCUGUCCCCUUCCCAGCCGCUACGACGUCGCAGCAUGCAGUUUCGAGGAGCUCUUCAACAGCCACCCUGCCGUCAUAUCAGCCUCACAGCUCUUACAAUGCAGGAAUAUCUAAACCUCAGCCACCGGCUCCUGCAUACAUACAGAGCCAGAGAAGCUCCUCGAAGAGCAGUCAAGGGACCGGCCAACUUUUGAGCAAGUCAAGACAGUCCAACGCGUUCAGCGUAAUGACAGAUAUCGAGGAAGGAGAGCAGAUAAGCUCCAGCGAAGCUAGUCAGGGUGAAAUCGCGGAGAACUCAAGCUGUGAAACCGCAUCAAAUUCGUCAAAGGCCGCGUCCACGGCGACAAAGAAAGCGAGGAGGCCGACGCUGACCAUAAACAUACCGGGCCAAGCACCGAGAAACCCAAGCCUGCCACCUCCUCCUCCGGAACAGGGCCCUCCGACAAAGGCAGCCAUGGCUCUCCCGGGUCCGCCACCUCAGCAGACUCUGCCAAAGCAACCCAACCUGAAAAUUGCGACGUCAAGCAACCAGCAACAACCGUCGCUACGGCGGGCUCCCAGUACGAGCUCAGCGCCUAUGCUGCAGGAAUUGGCAGCGAGAGCUUCGGUAAGGUCUGCUUCGCGCCCAAAGCAGACAGGGUCAGCAGCGACUGCAAAGCUUAUGCAAACUACUUUAUCUCGACCCCCAUUGCUCCGCGACGAACACGUGCGGAAGAUUCCAAACUCGCCUACAGAGAUCCUAGCAGCUGCUUCCUCGUAUGCGCAAGCGAGAGGCCCAGCGUCGGAAUCGAAAAGUAGAGAAUCUGCAAGUAGUGCUGCACUUCCUAAAUCAGACCACACGGCAGGAGGCGCCUCUCUCACGUCGGAUUGCGAGCGUCACACGUCUAGCCGGUCGAAUUCGAGCGGAAGACGGCCGUCAAGAGGACCGUCAAGAAAUAGCCGAAGAGGCUCCGACGCAUCGGUAACGUCAUUUGAAGACGAGGGCGAGGAUUCCGAAGAUGAGACGCCACCGGAAACGAAUAAGAGACUGUCGCCCGUCACAGAAGCUUCACCGGUGGCAACAAUCCGCUAUCCAAAGAUCCCCCGAGGAUCCAAUCAGGUCGUACCUCGCAGUCCUGGAACGCCAAAAAACACCUCGACGAGUUCGCAACCUCAAGAACGUACACCGACGCGAGCCAGACCUGAAGUCGACACGGCAGCUGCGAUUGCAGCCACACAGGGCAUAGCCAACAAACUUUGGAAGACAGAGGUAACACCGGAUGGAAGAACACUGCCCACCCCUGAGUGGACGGCCCGUCGGAGGUCAGAGAGCUGGCAGGAUUGGGCUCAGAACACGCCGGAAGCAUCGAGCGCGGGCACGUUGCAGACACCCCAGAAGCCGUUUGCGUCGGGAGAGGCCCCGAAGAUAACACCCACGAAACGUGGCGACGAAUUGUUCCUCGACCUGAGGUUCUCAAGCUCAACGGUUGGCCGUUGAUUGACCCCUCACAAUAGAGGUAUUUUGAAGUUCGGUAAGCACAGAUUGGUGACGAUCAAGUGGAAUGGGAGGCUCUCAUGCCUUUUUUUUUUUCUUUUUAAUUUGACCUUUUGUAUAAACGUGACGAGCUACGAGGAUACCCGACCAUUCGCUUUUUUCUUCAAUGUACUAUUAACUUGUGGUAAGACGCGAGAGUAUCUUUGCAUAUAUCAGAAUAUACCC